CUGUUAUUUAGACAACGAGAAAGGAAGUAGCGACAGGCUAGCUGGUUAGCCGGUCUGAAACGAACACAGUCCGUCAGGAAAAAGUGGACUUUUGAGCCUACUUUAUCUCAGAGAUCGCUCUUCUUUAUUUAAUAUAAACGUAUUAGUAGGCUACGUUUUUUUUUUUUUUGUCGGUUCGUUUUAUUUUCUUUCCGCCCCGGUUUCAAACCUUCAAACUGACUCAACUCUGAGCUUUGUCUGUCUGGGACUCCACCGUUGUUAGCCUGCUGUAUAUAGAAGUCACUCUUGGUUUCGCCAAAGGAGAAGAAAAAAAAACACAAAACUGAAAAUCUGCAACUUGAUUUUCAUUUAUUUGUUCACCAGUCGGUUGAAUUGCGCGGAAUGCAGUUAAGGAUUACACCAAGACAAUGAGAAAAUCAGCCGGGAAAGGUGCUGCUUGGUGAGAGGGAAGCAGUGGGUGCGGCAUGCUGAGGCCACUCCCCCUGGCUCAGGAUGAGUGUCAGAGAUGGCGCUGCCACCAUGGCAACGAAUGCAGGUGGAGGAGGAGGAGGGGGAGAUGGGCCAGCUAACCCUAACGAUCAUGAUGGCCGCUCAUACCUGCUCCAGAUAUACCCACGGCUGGCUGCCCAGCCCUCCACCUGCUGCAACCUUAGAGUGCAGAAGGAUGCAACAGCAGCCACUGUGAUCUCGGACGCUGCCACGGCACUGGGGCUGGACCCUGGCCGCCUGUAUGUGCUGGCAGAGGUGAAGGAAUGUGGUGGAGAAGAGUGGGUGCUGGAGGCUGGAGACCUGCCAGUUCAGAGGUUUCUGCUGUGGCCACGGAAAGCCCAAGAGCAACACCCUCAGAGCCUUGGCUUUUACUUCUUACUACAGGAGAGGAACCAUGAUGGCUCUAUCUGUUAUGUCCACCUCCCACCUGUGUCCAAGGAGCAGGAGUCACAGCAGCUAGCAGCCAGGGGCUUCCUUCCACCUCCACAGGACGACUUUGCAGACCUCUGCAACCUCCCCGUCCUCAAUGAGGACAGGAUAUUAAAUAACCUGCGCACACGCUUUUACAAGAAAAAGAUUUACACCUAUGCAGGCAGCAUCCUCAUCGCAAUCAACCCCUUCAAGUUCCUGCCCAUCUACAACCCGAAGUACGUCAAGAUGUACGAGAACCACCAGUUGGGCAAACUUGAGCCUCAUAUUUUUGCUAUUGCAGAUGUGGCAUACUAUGCCAUGCUCAGGAAGAGGGUCAACCAGUGCAUUGUCAUCUCUGGGGAAAGUGGCUCAGGCAAGACCCAGAGUACCAACUUCUUGAUCCACUGUCUGACUGCACUCAGCCAGAAGGGCUAUGCCAGCGGGGUGGAGAGGACCAUACUUGGGGCUGGACCAGUCUUGGAGGCCUUUGGGAACGCCAAGACGGCCCACAACAACAACUCCAGCCGCUUUGGUAAAUUCAUCCAGGUUAAUUAUUUGGAGAGUGGAGUGGUCAGAGGGGCUGUUGUGGAGAAGUAUCUCCUGGAGAAGUCUCGUCUGGUCUCCAGAGAGAAGAACGAGAGGAACUACCACGUGUUUUACUACCUGUUGUUGGGAGCGUCAGAGGAGGAGAGGAAGGAGUUUAAGUUGCUGCCGCCUGAAGACUACUUCUACCUCAAGCAGCAAAACUUUAAGAUAGAAGAUGAGGAAGACCUGCGUCAUGACUUUGAAAGGCUGCAGCAGGCAAUGGAGAUGGUUGGCUUCCUUCCCGCCACCAAGAAACAGAUCUUUUCUGUCCUCUCGGCCAUCUUGUAUCUGGGCAACGUGACCUACAGGAGGAAGUCAACGGGCCGAGAUGAGGGGUUGGAUGUGGGACCACCAGAGGUCUUGGCUACACUCUCUGACCUGCUAAAGGUUAAAGAGGAGCUGCUGGUCGAGGCACUGACGAAAAGAAAAACGGUGACAGUCAACGACAAGCUGAUCCUCCCUUAUAGCCACUCUGAGGCUAUCACAGCCAGAGACUCCAUGGCCAAAUCUCUAUACAGCGCCUUGUUUGACUGGAUCGUCCUGCGCAUCAAUCACGCUCUGCUUAACAAGAAGGACAUGGAGGAAUCUGUUCCAUGCUUGUCCAUUGGUGUCCUGGACAUUUUUGGCUUCGAGGACUUUGAGACAAACAGCUUUGAGCAGUUCUGCAUCAACUACGCAAACGAGCAGCUGCAGUAUUACUUCAACCAUCACAUCUUCAAUCUGGAACAGGAGGAGUACCAAGCAGAGGGAAUCACUUGGCACAACAUCGAUUACACAGACAACGUGGGCUGUAUCCAUCUCAUCAGCAAGAAGCCCACUGGCCUGCUCUACCUGCUGGAUGAGGAGAGCAACUUUCCCCAUGCCACAGAUGAGACAUUAUUAGCCAAAUUCAAGCAGCAGCACCAGGGAAACAAAUACUUUGUCCCCACACCAGUCCUGGAGCCAGCCUUUGUCAUUCGCCACUUUGCUGGAAAAGUCAAAUAUCAAAUCAAGGAUUUCCGGGAGAAGAACACAGACCACAUGCGUCCUGACAUUGUGGCAUUGUUGCGGAGCAGUGACCGUGCAUAUGUGCGGCAGCUGAUCGGCAUGGAUCCGGUGGCCAUGUUUCGUUGGGGAAUCCUGCGUGCCACCAUCAGAGGCAUUGCUGCUUUCAAUGAGGCUGGUCGUUCCUGGGCCGCCAAAACUUCAGGUGUUGUCCGUCCAAUCUCCAGAACUCCUUUAGGAGAGCUUCAACGGUCCAAUGCCCCAAUAGAAAGAAUGUACAAACGAGCAUCUAUGCUCGAUUUCUACUUUGAUCAUUCAGAGGAGCGCCCUCUAGAGGCCUUUGAAGACAUCUUUGCUAGCUAUGAGAGUAAGAAAGACAUGCAUGCCGAGAUCAUCAGCUCCAUUAAGAACUUGCAGCUGGAUGGUGAGGACCCUCGCAAGCUGCUGCAGUCCUGGGGUCGCCUCCGCUUCCCGCGACACGUCCUCCAGAAAAACAAGGGCACCAAACAGAAGCAGGUCAUCCCCAAGAGUUUGCUGGAUUCUCGGUCUCUGAAGUUCAUUGUGAGCCUGACACUACAAGAUCGCACUACCAAGUCUCUGCUCCACCUGCACAAGAAGAAGAAGCCCCCCAGCAUCAGUGCCCAGUUCCAGACUUCUCUGACCAAACUCUUAGAGACUCUGAACAGAGCAGAGCCUUUCUUCAUUCGCUGUAUCCGCUCCAAUGCUGAGAAGAAGGAGAUGUAUCUGGAUGAGGCCUUGGUGGUUCAGCAGCUGCGAUACACAGGAAUGCUGGAAACUGUUCGUAUUAGGAGGUCAGGCUACGGAGCCAAGUACACAUUCCAGGAGUUCGUUGAGCAGUUUGGAGUUUUGCUGCCAAAGAACACCACUGCCUGUAAAGAGGACAUCUCAGUGCUGCUUGAGAAGAAGAUGGGCCUGGACCCCACCACGUAUCAGAUAGGCAAAACUAAGGUGUUCUUGAAGGAGCUGGAGCGACAGCAGCUGCAGGACACACUGCACAAGGAUGUAAUGCGUAAGAUCAUCUUCCUUCAGCAUUGGUUCAGAGUUCGUCUGCAGAGGAAAGAGUUUCUGGACAUGAGACAGGCAGCCGUCUUGAUCCAGCGUUCAUGGCGGAGGUACUGCAAAGAGGAGCAAAGGCGACGUGCAGCCACUCUGAUCCAGGCUGUGUGGAGAGGGCACAGACAGAGAUUAGAUUACCACCGCCAAAGACGGGGCGCUACCAAAAUACAAGCCCUGGUCAGAGGCCACUCAGCACGCAGGAGGUGUCAUUCCAUUCGUCAGGAGAAACGGAGAAUGGAGGAAGAGGAAGAAGAAGCUCAGAAGAGGGCAGAAGAAGAGGAAAGAAGGAGGAGGGAAGAGGAGGAGGAGGCAAGGAGAAAAGCAGAGGAGGAGGAAGCAAGGAGGAGGAUGGAAGAAGAAGCAAGGAGAAAAGAAGAGGAGGAAACAAGGAGAGCAGAGGAAGAAGAGGCAGCUAUGAAAGAGCAGCAAGCGCAGAAAAAGAGAGAAGAGGAGAAAAGACUGGCAACAGAGCCCCAAACAAGAGAGGAUCCAGAUAUAGAGCUGGUCACAGAGGAGAUGCUGAAUGACAGCCUCCCUGUCCAGGAGACUGAAGAGGAGAGAGGAGAGGAGGACGGAGAGGUUAAAUCAAAUUCACAUACAGAGGAGGAGGAACAGGAAAAGGAAGAAGAGCAGGAGGAUGAAGAUGAGGAAUUAAAUUUGGAGGCCAAUGGUACCCUGGCUGAGGCUGGAUCCCAGCUGGAUGAGAAAGACGAGGAGGAGGAGGAUUUGGUGAACCAAACACUAGGACAGUCAGAUUCAAAACCUGGCCUGUCCUCUGAUGGGGAAACCUCCAACGCACUUACAGCCACAUCUCCAGGUCAGGAGUCAGAUAAGCAGGCUCCCAGCACUACCUCUACAUCUUCCAAUGCUGAACAAAACAGAGUACGACCAUCAGCCAUUAACAGGGGCCAGAAGAGAGAGCAGAGGAGACGAAGAGGGUUGGAACACAACCAGAGAGAGACUGAUCGAGCCGCCUCCUCCUCCCUCUCCUCAGCCACCAGCAAGGAUCAAACAUCCCCACCAAUGAGCAAAAGCCAGGAGACCUCUAAGCUAAAAGAGCGGUCAGACAGCAAGGAGCUGGACCAGUACACCUUUGUUGCAUGGAAAAUUAAGGAAGAGAAGGGAGGGAAGAAGGAGGCAAAAACGUCUCCUCCUCCUGCUUCUGGUUCUGUUCGUCCAUCUACGCUAUCCCUGCAGCCCGCUGACCCUGUACCUGAGAGAAACGGCCUAGGGGAAGGUGGGGGAGUGGUAAACCUGCAUCGCCGUCCCGGGGCAAUCAAAGAGAAGCCGGAGAAGUGGAGGGGGAGGAGGAGUGAUGUCGAAUACUCUGAGAGCAACAGCCCUCCUCCACCUUACAACAAGGAAGAAAAGAGAAAAAAACAACCACAGAGUGACACAACCUUGACAUCAAUUGACGGUUUGUCUCCAGGUUCUGAAGGAGCUGGCACUGUAUCAGGCAGAGAGAUAAUUUCCCCCUUGGAAGGCCAUGGUGAUGGCUCAAAAGGGAGCUCCAUCAGAAGGAAACAGCAAGAUGGGUCUGGUCACCCAGAUUCAGCCCACUGCAUCCCAUCCACACCAGACAGGUCAGGUGGUUUUUUCAGCAAGAUUUUGAAAAAACGACCCCACAAAGAGGCCCAGACUCCAGACAACGGAGAGCUGACACUUGCUCAGAUUCCCACUGAAAAGCCAACAGGAGGGGAAGUCCCAACAUCUGGAUAUCAAUCUCGGCCUCUCUCCCAGCCACAUGGCGACCGCGCGGGUAAAAGUUUAGGUCGCAACCCCUCCAUAAAGAUCAGUCGUGCCACACGGGUCUCGGAGCAGUGGAACGCCUCACUUGAACGGGAGAUCACCAACGCCAACGAGCUGCGGCACCUUGAUGAGUUUCUGGGCAACCAGGUCAACGAUUUCCGCUCCAGGGGGAAGUCGCUGUCAGCAACAGAGGCCAUCUUUGUAACAGCCACCAUGCAGUUCAGAGAGAAUAUCAAAGCCAUGUAUUCCCUCACAAAACCCACCAUUGGCUACAAAAGUCUGAUGACAGGCUACCAGAACAAAGUGAUCCACCUGGCGGACGACAAGCAGAAAGGAGAAGUCCAACUUGUAGUCAACUUGUUCCAGUCGGUGCUGGACGGCUUCAUCAGAGGAGAGAUGAAGAAGGAGGAGGCUGAACCUGCAAAGCCUGCUAAAGCUCGGAAGAAGAGGAGGAAAAAAGAUAAAAGUAUUGAGAGCCCCCUGGAUCACGUAUUCAUCAACUAUCAGGUCAACAUUAUGCAGUCGUGUGACCAGUGUAGUUCUUACAUCUGGGGCAUGGAGAAGGCCUACAUGUGCAGCUAUUGUAAAAUGGUGUGCCAUAAGAAGUGUAUCUGCAAAAUAGUCAUUGACUGCUUCACCUGCUUUGCCAAAAAGAGUGACGAAGAGUCCAGUGGUCAGCACUUUGGGGUGCGCGUGUGUCAUCUGGUCAGCGAUAAGAACCCAGUACCCAUGGUGCUGGAGAUGAUGCUGGAGCAUGUGGAGAUGCACGGCCUCUACACCGAGGGCAUCUACCGCAAGUCUGGCUCUGCCAACAGAAUGAAAGAGCUGCACCAGCGACUGGAGACUGACCCCCACCUGGUCUGCCUUGAAGACUACCCCAUCCACACGGUGACAGGCCUGCUCAAACAGUGGUUGAGGGAGCUGCCAGAGCCACUCAUGACCUUCACAAAUUACAAUGACUUCCUACAUGCAGUGGAGCUGCCAGAGAAGCAGGAGCAGCUUCAUGCCAUCUACGAAGUGCUGGAGGAGCUUCCUACACCCAACUACAACACGUUGGAGAGACUCGUAUUCCACCUUGUCAGGGUGUGUAAAGAGGAGGCUCACAACCGCAUGUCUCCUAACUCGUUGGCCAUAGUUUUUGCCCCAUGUGUCCUGCGCUGUCCAGACAGCGCUGACCCACUGCUCAGCAUGAAGGAUGUUGCCAAGACCACCACGUGUUUGGAGAUGCUCAUCAAUGAGCAGAUCAGACGCUACAAUGAGAAGAUGGAGGAGAUCGAGCAGCUGGAGUACGCUGAGGCUCUGGCUGUUAACCAGCUCAAACUCAAGAGACAAAACACGCACUACUGGCAUUUACCUCUCAGGUUCUCAGCUCCUUACAAAGGAGUGGUGGUGCACGAGAAGGUCAGUUCUGAUCUAAGUGUGGUCCCUGAGAACGAGCCUCUGGACUCAGACACAGAGGCUGAGAAGAAUCUGGUUGAACGCAUCAAGUCCAUCAAACAGGAGAAAGAGGAUCUGGCCUGUCGACUGCCAGAGAUGGAGCAGCCUGGUUCAGACCAGGAGAACUUGGACUCCGAAGCCUCGCUGAGCUCCGAGAGUCUUUUGGACGAGCAGCAGCGCUCCUCUGCCCACAGCUCAGAGCCUGAAGGACGAGGUGGCUCCCAGCUGAGGAGAUACAGGCCUGCUUGUCCACCCAAACCAGCCGACCUGGCCCAGCGACCUAAAGUCCUCAGUGGACCCGUCUCUCUUACACCUGCUAGCUCCACCUCCUCUAUGACCAGCUGCGCUUCUUCAACCUCCGAAUCCUCCUACGCCUCCUCCAGGCAUCCACUGCAACGCCGCAACCCUGUCAUCCCAGACACAGUUAAACUACCCCCAGGCGUCCUCGCCCACGCUGCAGACUCGAGUGCGGCCCAGACUUACACUCCUCCUAGAAAUCGAGCAUUUAAAUACUUGGUCAAGAGAAGAGAGCAGCCGGGCCGCCGUAAAGACAGCACCCAGUCCCUGUACAUCGACGGCCCCGAGUGUGACCUGAUGUUGCAUUUCUCCUCCUACCCUCCCUCCGCUUCCGCUUCCUCCAUCUCCCUGGUGACAUGCUCUCCUCAGCACCAGCACCCCGAGACACAAGCGUCGAAGGGCCAGAGACGUUUUUCUGACCCCGACAUACCUUACGUGGAUGAGGACAUGUGACCAGGACAGAACAGAAAAGAUGGAGAAGCGAAGGGCAACAACCUCCGAGUAGACAAAAAGGAAAUGAAUCUAAAUGCCAUGCAGAGUUGCCACAGAUGACAGUGAUGGGAUUGUAGAACGCAAGGAUCACUUGAGGAAUCAAGAAUCACAGAGGAAGAGAAAUGGUGAGAUGUACAGUAGCGACAGUGGCUCUACACAGCUGAACAGAAGUGAGACACAGUGGAGGCUGUUCCAGUUGCUGUUGUCAGAUGGAAACUAAUCAAGGAACCGCAAAUGUAAAAAUAACUGGACAAGACGUUGCCAAGCACCUUUUCUGUCAUUUUGUUAUAUUAUGGUUACUGUCAGCAAAUUCAGCAGGAACACAGGUUGGAUGUUCUGUAGCCUCAUAAUGAUGGAAUUUGUUUUUCUUUCUCCUUUUUUUUUUUUUUUCCAACACAUUUGUGCUAAUUCAAGGAAAUAAUAUAGAUUCCAGUCGCACUUUUCAUUUAUUUCUCCUAAUGAGCAAAACAUGCUCACUGAAAUGUUAGCUAGUGCCUUGAUAAUGUACAGUAAUUUGAACAAGAAACUCAUUUCUCAUGUCAUUAUUAUGGAACAGUGCUCGU